UUUUUUUGGUCAUAUGUCUGUUAUAAAGAUAUCGAGAACCGACGAUGUCAACAGUCCACUCCUAUAUCCAAAACCGCCAAUUUAAAAACCAGCCAAAAAUCACUGAACCGGUCAAGAAUGGAUCAGUUGGAUUGGACUGGACCGAUUUUUACUGAACCACCCUAUUUUGCUUGAUUAAAAAAAAAAAAAUCAAACAACACGCGUGAGCCCCCUCUUCCGCCAACCCCCCUCAUUCGUGACAUUCAUUGCUCACUGCUCAGCUAAGAAAGGGAAAAGCAAAGCCCUCAAACCCAAAACCAAAACCCUAUCUUCUUCAACGGUUCCACCGCCGCCGUCCGUGAUUGUCGGCGCCUCCGAGGAUUCCCUCUUUGCCCUGUCCCAAACCCAAACCCUCGGCUCGACGUCCAUCCUCCUGUGGCUUCUGUGUUCGAGCUGCUCUCUGUCGUCUCGGCGCUCACUGUCGUCUCGCCGCUCUCCGUCACCCUCCACGGCUGUCGAAGAUGUUUGCACUUUAGGGCCUCGACUGUUUCUUCAAGAACUUGUGUUUUGAAUUAUUAUGGUAGUGAACGAAGUGGUCUUGUUUAUGUCGCUGCUUCUAUGUGUUUAUACUUUAUACAGAUUUUGCUGGCUAGUUCUUUCAUUGUUAUCAAUAUGAGCUGUUUAUUUGUAAAUUUGUUUUAGACACUGCGGUGAUAAACUAGAUGAGAAUUGAGAAAUAUGGCACGCCAUUUUGCGUCAUACUCCCAAAUCUCUCUCUCGGUUGAAUUACGGUUAGAUCGGCUGAAUCAGUGAAUUAGUAACUAGAGCGGUUUAAUAAAUUGUUCGGUUCUCAGAACCUUGGUUAAAGAUAGGCUUGAAAUACCCAGAUCCGACUCGAAGUCCUACAACCAUGAUUCAAAUCCGACCCGAAAACCAACUCCAAACCUGACAUGUUUCCAGAUUCCUCUGUUUAGUAAUGUUCUAAAAAUCGGACCGGAUUAGUCGGUCGAAUCGGUCAAACCACAAACCGGCGGUAUUAACAUUCGGUCAGGCAUGAAAACUGCUGAAACAAAAACCGAUAAAAAAUCGCUAAACCGGCCCGGUUUGAAGGAAACGGCGUCGUUUGCAACUUUGGCCUACUGAUUACUGAACUGAACCACUUCACUUCUCACUCCUCUCAGCCUAUGUUCUGCUUGCCCGAAUCAUUCACUCUCCCUUAUCCAACCCUAGCUACUCUUUUCGAGCCACUGCCGCCUCUCCGUCGAGCCAUUGCCGCGUCCGUCCGUUGAGCUCGGCCGCCGUCCGUCCGUGUAGUCACUGCCCCCAAGUCUCCAACUCCCCUGCCCUCUUCUUCCGCGAGCUCUCCCCGUCCCCUACUCUCUGCAUCUUCUUGCCAUCGGCUUCAUCUUCUUGCCAUCGGCUUCAUCUUCUUGCCGUCGUCUGGUCGGUGUCGUCCAUCAAUCAAGGGUCUGUGGGCGUCGUGUUCGAAGCAUGGCAGUUAGAUUACCUCCAGAUACGGUGCCAAGAAUUGGGAAUCAGCAAUAUUUUUUUUAUUUAGGAUUUAGGAUUCAAUCAAGAAUUGGCUUUGGUAUUAUUUAAGAGGAGAUUGCUGUUUUUGGCACCUGUAUCACUAAAAAGUAUUUAAAAAACAAUCGUGUAUGAAGCUGAAAGUGAGUGACAUAUUGUUUUCCUGGGUAAUUCAGUUUGCUGCAUUGCAUUACUAAGUAUGUCUUUUCUAAUGAAUAAGAAAAAGAUAUGAAUCGAACAGGUUCUCCUCUUGUGAAUAGGUUUUGCACUUGACUAUGGAAUAGGUAACUGUUAUUGUUGAAAUUAUGGCUUAGAAUGGAUUUGUUAUGCUGCUGCUGCUAUAAAUUAAUUUCUUUCUAGCUCUUGACCUCUUGUUAGGAAGUUUCACAUGCCACAUACUUAAUUUUGUGUUGCAUGUAUUGCAAAGGGUACAAUGAAGGUAGGCCGGUUAGCAAAGGAAUUAGCAGCCGAUGUAAAUAUUAAACGCAAAGCCAAAGGACUGCUUCCUCGUGUAACAAUUAAGUGUCAAUUUUAGUUGUGUCAUUCCUUUAAUAAUUAUUUGGCAAAAGAAUUUCUCUUAUUGCUCAAAAGAAUUCCUUUUCUUAGCUAAUAUCUAUACAUGGAAAACAUAAUUUAAAUAGUAAUUUUGUACUUCUUUCUUUGUUGCAGCAUUCUUAUAACUCCUAAAUGAUAUAAAUAUAGUGAAACACAUUGUUUGAGUGAAAGUUUGGAUCAAUAAAUUGCAUAACCAAAAUAAUCUAUCUGAUUGCUGUGUAUAAUCUUUAGGCUAUUUCUUGCGUUUUUCAUUUACAAAAAUAAGUUUAUUUUUCUUUUUAAGUUUUACACUAGUUCUCACUCUUUAGUACUUGUUUCAAAUGAAUAUAACUAAGUUGAAGUGAAUUAUUCAUGUCACUGUAUAAAGGUUCGAGCUGGAAUAGUUGGAUACCCUAAUUUUGGAAAGUCAUCAUUGAUAAACCGUGUACUAAAGUGAAGAAUGUGCCCUGCAGCUCCAGACCAGGAGUUAUCCUAAUUGUUCAUGAACUUGUAUUUUGUAAACCAGUGAACCAGUAGCUAGAGCGGUUCGAUGACCGGUCCGGUUCUCAGAAUCUUGCUGUCAAGCUCCUUCCAUGGCCGUUUAGAGCUUAGACGUACCUGUGGUUGGUCCCGCUAGAAGCAACGCAUAAAAGAGUCACUGGACUUCCGAUGAGACUUGGUGCUGCGGCACUUUGCAAAUGAUGUCUUGAUUCUCCUAGCCGUGGCCCAUUUUCUACUGAUCCCUUGCUAUUCCAAUGAACCCAACCAAGAAGUUAACAUUUUCCCACAUUUUUCAAAGAUGUUCCUCUCUCAGAGCCCUCAAUCCUGGAAAGCAAGCCCAUGCCCAAAUGAUAGUAACUGCUUUUGUGCCUAGCAUCUAUGUUACCAAUUGUUUGCUUCAAUUCUACUGUAAAUGUUCCAAUAUGGCCUAUGCAUUCAAUGUGUUUGACAGAAUGUCACAAAGGGAUAUAAUCUCAUGGAACACCAUGUUGUUUGGUUAUGCUGGAGUUGGGAACGUGGGGUUUGCACAGUACUUGUUUGAUUCAAUGCCAGAGAGAGAUGUGGUUUCUUGGAACUCUAUGCUUUCGUGCUAUUUACAAAAUGGCACUAAUCGAAAGACAAUUGAUAUUUUUAUUAGGAUGAGAUCACUGAGAAUUCCACAUGACUAUGCUACCUUUGCUGUAGUUCUGAAAGCAUGUUUAGGUAUUGGAGACUAUUGCUUAGGUCUUCAAGUGCACUGUGUUGCAAUUCGCAUGGGUUUUGAUAACGAUGUUGUAACAGCUAGUGCUCUAGUAGAUAUGUAUUCAAAGUGUAAGAAGCUAGACAAUGCUCUUCAAGUUUUCUAUGAAAUGCCCGAAAGAAAUUUGGUAUGCUGGAGUGCUGUAAUUGCAGCCUGUGUUCAGAAUGAUCAGUUUAUUGAGGGUUUAAAACUGUUUAAGGAUACACUGAAAGCUGGUAUAGGGGUGAGUCAAUCAACCUAUGCUAGUGCAUUUAGGUCUUGUGCAGGAUUAGCUGCAUUCAAACUAGGUACACAAUUGCACGGUCAUGCUUUAAAAUUUUCUUUUGGAUAUGAUACUAUAGUGGGAACUGCCACCUUGGACAUGUAUUCAAAAUGCAACAGAAUGUCUGAUGCACGAAAGCUUUUCAACUCAUUGCCCAAUCCUACUCGGCAAUCUUAUAAUGCCAUUAUUGUUGGAUAUGCUCGUCAAGACCAAGGUCUUAAAGCUUUAGAAAAUUUUCAAUCUUUACAGAGGUCACAUCUUGGCUUGGAUGAGAUUAGUCUGUCUGGUGCUUUGACUGCUUGUGCAGCAAUCAGAGGCCGGUUGGAAGGGAUUCAGCUACAUGGAUUAGCAGUCAAAUGUGGUUUAACGUUUGAUAUCUGUGUUGCAAAUGCCAUUUUAGACAUGUAUGGUAAGUGUGGAGAUCUGAUGGAAGCUUGUGUAAUAUUUGAUGAGAUGGAAAGAAGGGAUGCUGUUUCUUGGAAUGCAAUCAUUGCAGCUCAUGAACAAAAUGAGGAAAUAGAGAAAACACUUUCACUCUUUGUUUCAAUGCUGCGCUCAACAAUGGAACCAGAUGAUUUUACUUAUGGUAGUGUUGUAAAAACGUGUGCUGGUCAGCAAGCUUUAAACUAUGGUAUGGAGAUUCAUGGACAAAUUAUUAAGUCCGGGUUGGGGUUAGACAGUUUUGUUGGCAGUUCCCUUGUUGAUAUGUAUUGUAAGUGUGGAAUGCUAGAGGAGGCUGAAAAGAUUCAUUACAGAUUGGAGGGGCAAACAACAGCUUCGUGGAAUUCAAUGCUUUCAGGAUUCUCAUCGCAAAAGCAAAGUGAAAAUGCUCAGAAGCAUUUUUCACAGAUGCUGGAAAUGGGUAUCAUACCUGACAACUUCACCUAUGCUACAGUUCUAGAUAUUUGUGCUAAUUUGGCUACUGUUGAACUUGGAAAGCAAAUUCAUGCUCAAAUCUUAAAGCUACAGUUGCAUUCAGAUGUGUAUAUAGCCAGCACUCUUGUAGAUAUGUAUUCAAAGUGUGGAAAUAUGCAGGAUUCCAGACUAAUGUUUGAGAAGGCACCUAAGAAGGAUUAUGUGACUUGGAGUGCUAUGAUUUGUGCAUAUGCAUACCAUGGUCUUGGAGAAGAAGCCAUUAAAUUAUUUGAGGAUAUGCAGCUUUUGAAUGUGAAACCGAAUCAUACAAUUUUUAUUUCAGUCCUCAGAGCUUGUGCGCAUAUGGGUUAUGUGGACAGAGGGCUGCAUUACUUCCAGAAAAUGCAAAACUACUAUGGUUUAGACCCACGGAUGGAGCAUUAUUCAUGUAUGGUAGAUCUUCUAGGGAGGUCCGGACAAGUAAACGAAGCAUUGAAGCUUAUUCAAAGCAUGCCUUUUGAAGCUGAUGAUGUAAUUUGGAGAACUUUGCUUAGCAAUUGCAAGAUGCAAGGGAAUAUAGAAGUCGCAGAAGCAGCAGCCAGUUCUUUAUUGCAGCUGGACCCCCAAGAUUCUUCUGCGUAUGUCCUUUUAUCUAAUUUCUAUGCUAUUGUGGGGAUGUGGGGUGAGGUUGCAAAAAUAAGAAAUAUAAUGAAGAAUUAUAAACUAAAGAAGGAGCCUGGUUGUAGCUGGAUUGAAGUAAGAAAUGAGGUACAUGCGUUUCUUGUGGGGGACAAGGCACAUCCAAGAUCUGAAGAGAUAUAUGAGCAAACUCGUCUACUUGUGGAUGAGAUGAAGUGGGAUGGAUAUGUUCCAGAAAUUGAUUUCAUGGUUGAUGAGGAGCCAGAAAAACAAGAUUCUUAUGAGGGUCUCACAGUCACAGAACAGCAAUUAGUUGCAGUGUGAGGUAAUAUAGAAAAGAUUUUGAUCCCUGCCUACAAUAGCUUGAUGGAUAUUUCUACACUUCUAUGUGGUUAUAAAGUUUUGGAAGAGGAAAAGAAAUUGCCAGAGUUUGAAGAUAAACUUAAAGCCAAGCAGGAAGGAGUUUAUAGGCAAUGCAAUAGAAAAUUCGAAACUGAAAUUUAGUUGCUUGAAGGGAAUCCAAGGAAGUUAUAAGGUAAGAUUUUGUUUAUUAUUUGUAGCUCUUUAGUUUCUGCCUGUAAUGCUUCUAAUGGCUGCUAUCGCAUAU